AUACAGCCAUAAUGAUCAUUUUGCCAUAUCUAACACUCUUUGUCUCUGUCAGACAGAGUCCUCUCUCCAGAGUCAACGCUCUCCCUUCCACCUGUUAGGUCACUGUUUUCUUUAUAGUUUUCGAAAAUGAUGGACGGAUCAAGACAUCCAUCGGUGUUUCAGAAGCUUCAUGGAAAAUCCUUACUGAUCUCUAGACUUUCUGCGAGGGUAUACACUUGUAAUUACAGUGUCUCAGGUGCUCAUGUCAAUGGAGGUUUGCAGAGUCUAUUGCAGCCAACACGCCAGGAGGGAACUGAUUCUUCCCUUGUGCCAAAAGUUUCAUCGCCGGUAUUUGUUCAAGCUCCUGCAGAGAAAGGCGGUUCUACUUUCUUGGUCGAUUUCCUAAUGGGAGGAGUCUCUGCGGCUGUGUCAAAGACAGCAGCUGCUCCGAUAGAGCGUGUGAAGUUGCUGAUCCAAAACCAAGACGAAAUGAUAAAGGCCGGGCGUCUGUCUGAACCAUACAAGGGAAUUGGUGACUGUUUUGCCCGAACGAUCAAGGGAGAAGGUGUGCUGUCUCUUUGGAGAGGCAACACCGCAAAUGUUAUCAGAUACUUCCCGACCCAGGCUUUGAACUUUGCGUUCAAAGAUUACUUCAAGAGGCUGUUCAACUUCAAGAAGGACAGAGACGGAUAUUGGAAGUGGUUCGGAGGGAACUUGGCGUCUGGUGGUGCAGCUGGGGCGACAUCCCUCCUUUUCGUGUACUCUUUGGAUUAUGCUCGAACCCGUUUGGCAAACGAUGCCAAGAAGGGAGGUGGGGAGAGGCAGUUCAAAGGCUUGAUCGAUGUGUACAAGAAGACCAUAGCCUCUGACGGAAUUGGCGGGUUGUACCGUGGUUUCAGCAUCUCGUGUGUUGGAAUUGUCGUGUACCGUGGACUCUACUUUGGAUUGUACGAUUCCCUUAAGCCCGUCGUUCUCAUUGGUCAUCUCCAGGAUAGCUUCAUGGCCAGUUUCGUGCUGGGGUGGGGCAUCACAGUCGGAGCGGGGAUGGCGUCGUACCCGAUGGACACGGUGAGGAGGAGAAUGAUGAUGAGGUCGGGAGAAGCGGACAAGUACACGAGCUCCAUCCACGUGUUUUCUCACAUCAUAAAGAAGGAAGGGACGAGGUCUCUGUUCAAGGGAGGUGGAGCCAACAUCCUCCGAGGCGUCGCCAGCGCCGGAGUUCUCGCCGGCUACGACAGGCUUCAGCUCUAUCUCUUCGGCCAGAAAUAUGGCUAAUCUUUCAACGGUCUGCCUUGCUCCUGUGGUUUUUAUGGUACUAUGAUGAUAAUGAUGAUUUAAUUAUAAUUUUUUUUAAAAAAGAUUGUAAAAAAUCAGGAAAUUAAAAAAAUAUAUUGGUGUGGUUUGAAUGGGAAUAUGCACUUGUACAACAUUAUGCAGCUGAUCAU